AUGUCUGGCAAAGAGGUUCCAAAGACGAUGCUGGCGUGGCAGAAGCAUUUCGGCAGUACGAAACCGAGAAACGGACAGAUUCGCGUCGAGGUGCCCGUGCCUGUGCCCCCAGAGGAUGGCCUGCUGAUCAAAAUCCACGCGGCGGGAGUGUGCCACAGCGAUUUCGCCCUGUUAAAUAUGGAAGUGAAACCGAGCCAUUAUCUUGACAAAUACACGCUGGGCCACGAAGGUUGCGGCGAAGUCGUGUCAGUCGGACCAAAGGUUACGAAAUCCAAACCUGGUGACAUGGUGUCUAUCCUGUCAGUACCCGGCUGCGGCAGUUCGACCUGUCGAGAAUGUUCUGGCGGAGUGCCGCAGAUCUGUGCCGCCGGUGAACACUACGGGAUUGGAAACGACGGCUCCUUUGCUCCGUAUAUUGCCGUCCGAGAACGGGCUGCCGUCCACCUGCCCAUGGGAAUCAGUGCAGCUGCCGGCGCUGUCGCGACCGAUGCGUGCCUGACAGCCUACCAAGCCGUCGUAAGCAGAGCCAAAGUCAAGCACGGGGAUACGGUCUUGCUGUACGGGUUAGGCGGGCUGGGCUUCAACGCCUUGCAGAUAAUCUUGGACAUUGGCGCAAGAGUCAUCGUGGUGGACAAGAGGCAGGAGGUGUUGGAUGAAGCGGUCAAGUUCGGUGUUAAGAGCGAGGAUGUGGUGCCCGUUGGAACCGCAAGUGUGAGCGAAUGGGUUGCGCAGCGGGGGCUGGUAGUGGACACUGCAAUCGAUUUUGUCGGAGUGCCAGAGACAUUCAGGACGGCCAUCGAGAGCGUCCGCAUGGCAGGAACAGUCGUCCUGGUGGGAUUGCUGCAGGCCGAGCUGACAUUGCCCUCGAUGAUUGCGGUGCGCAAACGACUCGAUAUUCUCUGCAGCUACGGGGGCACGGUCGAAGAUCUCGUCGCGUGUUUGGUCCUGAUUGGGCAAGGCGUGAUCAAGCCUCAAGUGGUGACGGGGAGCAUGGCCGACUUUCCCAGCGUCCUGGAAGACCUGCACGCCGGGAAAAUCCAAAGCAGAAUCGCCCUCGUGCCAGAAGAUAUGCUGUGA